AUGUCUCAGUCAAGAAGGACAAUUAGUUUAAACCGUACAUUUCGUCAUCUACCAUUUAUAAAACGUAUCAUUUCAUUAACUUUAAUUUUUUAUAUUCUAUCAAUAUUUCUCAUGCAACUGUCAACUUCAAAUAGUGGAACUUCUCAUUCAAACACAAACGUUGUAAUAAAUCUAAGUCUAAUCAAAAAUGAUUAUUUUAUGUCGAAAUCAAUGAUCAAAGAUCCAAGUAUAAUCGUUCCACAAUUGCGUCGGUUACCACAUGUUCAAUAUUUAAUAAGAAAUCAUUUGGCAUGUCAUUCAGUCAUAAAUCGAACAGUUGAUGUUAUUCUAAUGGUAUUAACUCGAGCGAAAAGUUUUGAACGUCGACAUGAAUUACGACGAACAUGGGCUAAGCCGCGAAUAUCAUCCUCAAAUUUAACAAUAAAAGUUGUAUUUAUUGUGGGAAUUGAUGAAACAUCCAUGGCAAUGUUGAAAUGGGAAGAAACAAUGUUUCGAGAUAUUGUUGUUAUUAAUGUACCAGAACAGUAUGAAUACGUUAAUUUUAAAGAAAUAUUUGCUCUUAAAUGGACAAAUUUAUAUUGUCCAAAUGCGCUAUUCGUCGGCAAAGCCGAUGAUGACGUUGUUAUUAAUGUUUUUUAUUUAUUAAAUUACAUCAGUCAAUUACAAAAAUCUUAUGUAAAAGAUGGUCCUCAACCAUUGAUAGCUUAUGGCAACCUUCGUUUCUCAGCAACCGUAUUAAGAACAGGACGAUAUUUUGUUGGAAUUGACGAAUAUCCACUACGAUACAAUCCACCCUAUCUCUAUGGUAUCAUGUAUUUUAUGACUAAGACUGCACGAGAUGCAAUUGUAGAAGCAUCGAACCAGAAACACAAUUUAUUAAGAAUCGGAGACGUUUAUAUAACAGGAAUAUUACGAACAUUGGCUAAUUUUUUUUUACAAAUUUCAGUACGAGAUGAUCACCGUAAACAGUCAAAAAACGCCGCAAAAUGUUCUCAAAAUUCAUUUGUUCCUAGUUCAAUAAUCGAAAAUAAUUUACAAUUUCCAUUAACUCAGAAUGAUUUCAAAUCAUUGAUAAGUGAAGAACUCGUUGUAGCAACAGUACCAUGUUCCACUAAUGAAACUCAACUAUGUCUUAGUUUAGAUAAAAAUUCAUUUAUCGGUUCAGGAUCAUAUGGUAUCGUUGUUCGAGCGGGAUGUAAUAAAGUUACAUAUCCCGUUGCUGUUAAAUUUCUAAAACCACAAUUAGUGCAUAAGUUAGAAAUAGUCACAUACACUGUUACUGGACGAUAUAAUCGUAUUGAUCCAAAUACAAUUGGUAGUAUAAAUAAGGUUUCAACAUCAAAAGAACAAGGUUUACGUGAAGCAGUUGCUUUGCAGAUAUUAACUGAAGCUAAUGUGCAAUCAGUACCAAAAUAUGUUACCUAUAUCGAAACAGAUUCAUAUAAAAUAUUGGUAAUGGAAUUGUUUGUUGGCUUUCAAGAAUUAUCAAAAAUAAUCGAUACGCUGAAAUCAACCGAAUACAAUUAUAUUGCAUGUCAAGUGGCUGCUAUUUCAUGUAAUAUGGAUAUGGCUCAAGUAUAUCAUGAUGAUAUGAAUGAACGAAAUAUUCUUGUUGAUUUUAAUACAUUUGACGUGAAUUUAAUUGAUUUUGGUGGUACUCAAAUGGGUCCAAAUGAACAUGAUAAACAUCAUUUUACAUCAGCAAGUAAUUUUUUGAAACAACCCAUUCAAUUAUUAAGUUCUUUAAAACGUGUUAAUGGACAAAAAUUUUCAACAUUACUUGAUAAUAUACAAUCACAAGAACGAAAAGUAUUAGGAACAUUUUGUAAAAUGAUGGAUAUAUAUACUAAAUCAUCAAACAAUGAAACAAAUCAUUAUAAUGAACUAUUUACAAAAUAUUGGAAAAUUAUUAAAAAAUCGAAACAGUUUAAAUGUGAAAGAAAAAAAAAUUUGAUGUAA